AUGGUUAUUGGGCACAAAAUAACCACAAGGUACCAUGAAUGGUUCAUCGAGAAUUUUGGAAGGAAACAGCGCAAGCUGAGCAGGGAGAAAAGGAGGGACACGAAAAUCGAAGUUGAUUAUGAUUGGAUUGGAUCUGCUUCUGGUCGUCCUUCUGCUUAUCCCAAGGUUGCAUCAUGGAAGCUCGAAGGAGAAACUAGCAAUUGCUGCUCAUGGGAUGGUGUCGAGUGUGAUCGGGACACCGGUCAUGUGAUUGGCCUUGGCCUGAGCAGCAGUUUCCUCUAUGGUUUUCUUAAUUCAAGGAGCAGCCUCUUCAGCGCAGUUCACCUUCAGAGACUUAACCUUGCCAAUAAUGACUUCAAUUACUCUCAUAUCCCAUCAGAAAUUUGCCAGCUCUCAAGUAUUCACUCAUCAAAAGCAAGACUAUUGAAACUUGAAAAGUAUGGUCUGAGAAGCUUACUUCAAAAGUUGACUAACCUCAAAGAGCUUCAUCUCAGUAAGGUGAUCAUAUCUUCUGAAGUACCUCAUACAUUGGCCAACUUACCUUCCUUGACAACUCUCGUUCUAAAAGAUUGUGGGCUGCGUGGGGAAUUCCCAGUAAGCAUAUUCCACCUACCAAAGCUUCAAUUUCUCAGUGUGUGUUAUAAUGAAAAUCUCACUGGCCAUUUGCCCAAAUUUCACCAAAGCAGCCCCCUUCAGGAUCUAAAACUUGCUGUCACCAGUUUCUCUGGCAAGCUACCGGACUCAAUUGGAAAUCUUAAUUUCUUGAAGACGUUAGAUUUCACUGAAUGCUAUUUCUCAGGGUCCAUUCCAGAUUCACUUGGUAACCUAACACAAUUAACCGAUCUGUUCCUUUCGUACAAUCUAUUGCAAGGCCCAAUCCCAAGCUCAUUCUCUGAGCUAAAGAAUCUUGAAGCCGCUUAUCUUUCUUACAAUAAUCUCAGCGACUCAGCGCUUGAAAUUUUUUUUAAGUUAAAAAUUCUUACUGAGCUCAAUUUGUCCAGUAACAAAUUAAAAUUGCUGACCAAAAAGUACCAAUUCCACUCUUCCAAAGUUUCAAAUGUUAUUACUAGGUUCAUGCAACUUGAGGGAGUUCCCAGAUUUUAUACGCUUCCAACACGAACUGAAGGCUUUGAGCAACAUCCAGAUAUGCUUCUGUGGGUUAAUUUAGCCAUAAUAAGCCUUAGCUAUAACAGGUUGCAAGGACCAUUGCCAAUUCCACCAUUAUCCACCCAAUCUUGCAGUGUCUACUACAACAAAUUGACAGGAAAAAUUCCACCAUUGUUUUGUCGAUUGAGUUUUCUUUACACACUUGAUUUGUCUAAUAACAACUUGGCUGGAACUAUUCCUCCAUGUUUGAGCAACUUCAGUGAUUCUCUAUCAAUUCUGAAUCUCAAAGGCAACAACUUUCAUGGUCCUAUUCCUCACUUGUACAAUAAAGGAAACACAUUGAAGGUGGUUGACUUCAGUGGUAAUCAAUUACAAGGGAAGGUGCCAAGAUCAUUGGCUAGUUGUACUGUGCUUGAGAUUCUUGAUCUCUCGAAUAAUCUUUUUGAAGAUACUUUUCCCUUUUGGUUGGUAGUUCUUACAAAGUUGCAAGCUCUCAUCUUGCGAUCCAACAAAUUCUAUGGUGCAAUAGGAAGUUUUGAAACUAAGUUGGUGUUACCAAAUUUGCGCAUCAUUGACCUCUCUCAUAAUGAUUUUACAGUUGACCUUCCAUGGGAUAGUGGUCAGGAUGGUUAUUGGGCACACAAUAACCACAAGGUAUCACGAAUGGUUCAUCGAGACUUUCGGAAGCAAGCAACACAAACCAAGAAGACUAAAAAGGAGGGGACAUGGAAACCGAAGUUGAUCAGAUCCAUGGCUAACAAACACCACACACCUCCGUCCUUAUCUUUAGAUGAUUUAAGUUCCACACCUCCUACUAGAGAAAAAAAAUCUCAUCUUAUUGGAAAGAUUGUUGCAGACAAGAAUCUUUGCAGAUUUGGAGUUCAAGACGGUUUAUCAAGAGGACUCUGGAGUACAGAAGCUGAAUUCUAUAUCGCGACUUGGGGGUGA